UCAUUUAAGAUCUUUAAAUUUAAAUAUUCUCUCCAUUCUUCUGCAAUAGUACUAUCUUUUCACUGUUUACUUUGUCUAAUUUCUCAUAAAUUCGUCACUUCAACUACUCAAAAGUGUGAGAAGACAUGUUCCAUAUCUAUACAGACACAUACACAUACAUACACACACACACACACACACAUACACACAUAUAUAUAUAUAUACAUAUGCACAGAGAGACAGACAGACACAGGUAUAUAUUGUGUCUGCACAAUAAUUGCCAACAUUAACGACAACCUUUAUGGUGUUCAUUUCGCAUCAGUUCGUGGCGCAAAUUUUUGCAGGCAAAUGCAA